AUGCUCCUGGCCCGUGUUCAUAUUCAGCUACAGAUUUGGCAAGUUGCUGGAAGGGGACAAACCAAAUAUGCUGGUCAUACAUGCCUUUUUGCUCGAGACAACACCUCCCUGAUCAGUCGGCUUCCAAUUCUGCCCGCUCAACUUGAUAUCCUCAUCAUCAAGGACAAACAAGCAGCACCUUCAAAUGUUGAAGCUUUCUCAAGACGACCUGAAUUCCAAGUCAGUCGAUCUCGGUUGUUGGACAAUCUGCUUGCUCUCCGCCGGUUCCAUCCAGCAUACUCUGAAGUAGAGAUUGAUCAUGAAGUGCUUGCAACUCUGCCAGAGCAAGGAUCAGUCUUUGACCAGUUGCGGUCAACAUCAGUGGAUAACACCUCCCCAAGAACAGAUAUCCCUGAUUUUGGUGACGAGGGUAGGGAGGACAUCAUCUUGGAGGCUGUCAUUCCAAAUGUUGGAAGUGCACUUAGGGAGGUUGAAGAGACGCGUACAAGGCUGGAAGAGAUUGAAGAAGGGAUUAGAGCACCAUUGACCGCUCCCGCACUAAGGCCAACACCACUAUACGAACACGACAAGACCAGUCAACACCUGGUACAAGCUUUUCCUUUCCUUUUCCCCCAAGGUCUUGCAGACCUUCACGCAUCUCGCCAGAGUGAAGUUAAGCCCAACGAUUAUUUCAAACACCUCAUGAAAUUCCAUGACGGCCGUUUUGCCUCUCACCCUCGGUUCCGCUACUACGCUUUCAAUGCAUUACUCAGAUGGCAAGCUCGAUCACUUGCCAGUUACUAUAGUCGGGGCUCUGGUCAUGUACACGGCCUUCUCUGGCUAGAAGAUGCUCCACGGGUGGAAAACUUGAAGGGUGGUGGAGAGGAGGUUCAGAACGAGUUCAUAAACUUCUGGCAGAAUAAAGUAUGGGCCAUCAAUCCAUGUGUCAAUCUUCCACGAGCCCCCCAACAUCCUUCUUCCCGACCUCAUGCGGACAUGACCUACAAUCACACAAGUCUAGCUGAACAUCUCAAUAGAGUUCAACGCCAUACCCGCUGUUCAAGAUAUUGUCUCAAACGACCAAAAGGGAGUGACCCCUCAACGGAACCAAUAUGCCGGUUCAGAUUCCCCCGGGAUCUAUGUGACACCCCAUCCCUACAUUUGGAUGAAAGAGGUACUCUACAGCUGCUGCUUCCUCGCAACGAUUCUCUUUUGAAUCUGUAUAAUCCAGUCUUUACCCUAGGAUGGCAGGCAAAUGUGGACAUUCAACCAUGCACCGACCCACAUGCUGUGGCAAAUUAUGUUGCCAAAUAUGCUUCGAAGGCAGAGAAGCCCAGCCUUGCAUUUGGGGACGUCAUGCAAGCUAUAGCAAAUCAGGUGGAAGAGGAGACAUCAAGCCGGGUGAUCUUUCAGAAGAUGCUCAGCAAGGUUUUAACAGAGCGGGACUACAGUGCACAGGAGGUUUGUCACUCCUUGCUUGACUGCAACAUGAUGUCAGCAUCUCGGGACUUUCGGACUCUGUGUCUCCUGCCCUCUCGAUCCCGACGACUGCAAGGCCAACGGGAGGAUGACGAGGAGGUGGAAGACAAGGAUUGGUACGACCAAUAUCUCCAGAGGGAACACUCCCUCACAGAUGUCAGCUUAUACACAUGGUACAAGAGGUAUGAGAAGCGACAGGGGAACAUUGUUUACCGGCAGAAGAAUGAUCGAAUCAUCCGCCUCUGGCCAAUGUACCAUCCUUCUCACAAUGACUCAGAGGAGUAUGAACUUUGGUGCCGUUCUCGACUCCUCCUUCAUCAUCCACAUAGACAAGAGUCAGACUUACUUGAUGACGGUGAAACAUGGGGAUUGGCCUAUGAAAGAUGUAAAGAGACACAUCUUGAGGGCCAUGAGGAUACUCUACCAAAACGAUCACGGCGCCAGAUGGGAGAAGGUGAAGAUGAGAUUGAGGAUGAAUUCUCCUCAGAUGAUGAUGAUGACAAUGAUGUCGCACAGGAGCUUGAAGACUGGCACCUCAUGUGUCAAGAGGGUGGGCGAAGGCAGGUCGAGGUGGACAUCACACAACGCCUGGGCCUUCGAGAUAUGGACAAGGCCAAGGAUUGGCAUGAAUGCAGCCGGCAGUGGGGAGUGGAGGGCUUAGAUGAGAGGAUACAAGCGCUGGAGGACUGGAAGAAGACGGUCAGUUCUCUCGCCAGUAGUUUUCUCCACUGA